AUGAAGAGUCUGACUUUGGAGAAGAUCAUCGCGUUCCUGAGGUUGGAUCUGAAAUUCGCCUGUUGUUGGCCGAUGCCUCCGAAUGCGACGAAGCUUCAGAUCCUCAGCGACAGAUUGUUUCGUCUGGUUUCCGGUUUUCACGCGAUACUGUUGGUCCUCGAAUUAGGUUACACGAUUGUUUAUCGUGUCGAGAACGUGCUUAUGUUCAUGCAGUCAACCUGCGCGCUGGGUAUCAUGUUCGAAGUGCCGUUGCAAAUCUCGCUUUUCAUUCUACAGCAUGACCGUUUGCAAAACGUGAUCGUACAAAUGGAGGAUUAUUAUCAACGAGCGAAACCGGACGAGAGGGAUGUUUUUCAAAGGUACAUCAACAAGUGCGCAUCCAUUUAUGUGACAACGUUGAGCAUGAUGACUAUAUCGUUGCUUAGUUCAUAUGUUGAGCCGCUCUUUCGCGGGUCUGAUUCCUAUCCGCUUGUGAUAAAGUAUCCGUUCACCGUCGACCAGCAGCCGUUGCGGGCAAUCGUGUAUUUCCAUCAUAUUUUCGGGUUGUAUCAAGUUUAUUGUCAAGUGAGCGCCAAUGUUUUCCUCGCUCUUCUACUGUGGUUCACGUCAGCGCGCUUCGAAAUUUUGUCCAACAAGUUUCGCAGGGCCGCUAAAUACUCCGACUGGCAAAUAUAUGUGAAGGAAUAUCAGGAGCUUCUAAGGUUCUCCCAAGAAAUAAGUUUAUCUAUUUCACAUGUAGUGCUCUCGUCGCUCGGUAUUAGUACCUAUGCGCUAGUAUUUGGCGGUGUUACCAUCCUCAGCGUGUGUAUACACAUAAUAUUCUUAAACGACAAAACAUACAUUCGACUACCACUGUCCGUGAAAGUAAAGUUCUUCGUCGUAUGUAUUUCGUCAUUGACGAAGGUGCUUCUGUGCGCUUGGCCGGCUGAUUAUUUGAUGAGCAUAAGUUCCGAUAUCGGCGAUGCCGCGUACGACUCCUUGUGGUAUGAGCAUGGGAUUCAUUCGCAGAGGAUCAUGCUGUACACUUUACUGCGAUGUCAGCGGCCCGUAAUUAUAACUGUUCCUGGUUUAUUGGCGGCUUUAAGUUUCCAACAUUACACCUCCGUAAGAAAUCACAUCGAACGCGCGCUAUUCAUCAAUUAA